ACAUCCACUUCCGUUUUCCUGCGCAUGUAUUUCCGCUCUCUAUCCCCACGCUGUAUCAAGCUACAUUCAGUGGGCACAAUAUUGUAAGGAAAUUAGCGAAUCCUUGAGCAAAAUGAGGCCUUUAACAGACGACGAGACAAAAACGAUGUUUGAGAAACUCUCCAAAUACAUUGGUGAGAACAUCAAACACCUGGUGGAUCGACCCGAUGGGACAUAUUGCUUCAGACUUCACAAUGACCGUGUAUAUUACAUCAGUGAGACAAUUCUGAAGUUGGCUACCAACAUCUCCCGUGAUAAGUUGGUGUCGGUGGGCACCUGCUUUGGGAAGUUCACCAAGACCAUUAAGUUCCGCCUGCACAUCACAGCACUGGACUUUCUGGCACCAUAUGCCAAGUUCAAGGUGUGGGUUAAGCCUGGACAGGAGCAGUCCUUCCUCUAUGGGAACCACGUGUUGAAGUCUGGUCUGGGGAGGAUCACAGAGAACACCAACCAAUACCAGGGUGUGGUGGUGUAUUCCAUGGCAGACGUACCGCUGGGCUUUGGAGUGGCAGCCAAGUCCACCCAGGAGUGCAGGAGAGUGGACCCCAUGUCCAUCGUUGUGUUCCACCAGGCAGACAUCGGAGAGUUCAUCAGGUCUGAGGACACGCUCACAUAAGGAGUCGUCAAACUGGACUGUCAAUUAUACACAGUGGUACUUCCUCUCCUCGGGGACCACCCUACAAACUGGUCUAUCAAUUAUAUACAGUAGUACUUCCUCUCCUCGGGGACCACCCUACAAACUGGUCUAUCAAUUAUAUACAGUAGUACUUCCUCUCCUCGGGGACCACCCUACAAACUGGACUAUCAAUUAUAUACAGUAGUACUUCCUCUCCUCGGGGACCACCCUACAAACUGGACUGUCAAUUAUAUACAGUAGUACUUCCUCUCCUUUGGGGAGACCCUGGUCUUCAGGAUAUGAUUGUGUAUUUCCCUCUAAUUUACCAAGGGGCCAGUGACUGUCUGGAGAGUUUCAUCAAGCUGUCAGCUACCCAACAUCCCUCACUAUGGCUGAGUGAUUUACAUUUAUCUACCCAACAUCCCUCACUAUGCCUGAGUGAUUUACAUUUAUCUACCAAACAUCCCUCACUAUGGCUGAGUGAUUUACAUUUAUCUACCAAACAUCCCUCACUAUGUCUGAGUGAUUUACAUUUAUCUACCCAACAUCCCUCACUAUGUCUGAGUGAUUUACAUUUAUCUACCAAACAUCCCUCACUAUGGCUGAGUGAUUUACAUUUAUCUACCCAACAUCCCUCACUAUGUCUGAGUGAUUUACAUUUAUCUACCCAACAUCCCUCACUAUGGCUGAGUGAUUUACAUUUAUCUACCAAACAUCCCUCACUAUGGCUGAGUGAUUUACAUUUAUCUACCCAACAUCCCUCACUAUGUCUGAGUGAUUUACAUUUAUCUACCCAACAUCCCUCACUAUGGCUGAGUGAUUUACAUUUAUCUACCCAACAUCCCUCACUAUGUCUGAGUGAUUUACAUUUAUCUACCAAACAUCCCUCACUAUGGCUGAGUGAUAUACAUUUAUCUACCAAACAUCCCUCACUAUGGCCGAGUGAUUUACAUUUAUCUACCAAACAUCCCUGCCACUAUGAAUGUAAAUCUCUCAGCCAAUCUAAAUAAAUGUUUUGUAAAUUGGAAUAUUUGAGGUUAUAUGUAGUAUUCAUAAUCUGUAUGGUUCUCUGGUUUAAGCGAUUUGCAUAAAUAUGAUUGUGCAGUUAAUUCCAUCAGCAUAACAUUAAAACUGUUUUGAUAUACUGA